CCGGAAGGCACGGAGCGGGCCGGCCGUUUAAAUCUAAAUUUUCCUAAUGGACCGUCUCGGCAGCAGCGGCGGACACACGAGACACGCUCCGCUCAGCUGUGUGAAAUAUGGGAGACGACAGGCCAUUUGUGUGCAGCGCCCCGGGCUGUGGACAGAGGUUCACCAACGAAGACCACCUGGCCGUUCACAAGCACAAGCACGAGAUGACCCUGAAGUUUGGCCCGGCCCGUACCGACUCGGUCAUCAUCGCAGAUCAGACCCCGACCCCGACCCGCUUCCUGAAGAACUGCGAGGAGGUGGGGCUCUUCCACGAGCUCGCCAGCUCCUUCGAGCACGAGUUCAAGAAGGCCAGCGACGAUGACGACAGGAAGGCCCCCGGCCCCCUGGACAUGUCCCUGCCCUCCACGCCGGAUGUCAAAAUCAAGGAAGAGGAGCCCGUGGAGGUGGACUCGUCCCCGCCUGACAGCCCAGCGUCCAGCCCCCGCUCCCCGGAGACCAAGGAGGAGGUGGCCCCGAAGCCCGUGGUGAUCUCCACCCCAACGCCCACCAUCGUGCGCCCCGGCUCCCUGCCGCUGCACCUGGGUUACGACCCCCUGCACCCGACCCUUCCCUCGCCCACCUCGGUCAUCACGCAGGCACCUCCUGCCAACCGGCAACUGGGGUCUCCGACCAGCUCCAUCCCCCUCGUCAUGCACCUCGCCAACGGACAGGCCGUGCCCGUCCUGCCCGGGCCCCCCGUCCAGAUGCCGUCGGUUAUAUCGCUGGCCCGGCCCAUGUCCCUGGUGCCCAACGUGCCCGGAAUCCCGGGCCCCCCGGGAGGCGGCAGCGGUGGCGGCGGCGGCGGCGGCGGCGGUUCCGUGUCCCCCUCCGGGCUCCCCGGGCCCUCCGAGGCCAAGAUGAGGCUGAAGGCCACCCUGACCCACCAGAUCUCCUCCCUGAACGGCAGCGGCGGGAUGGUGGUGGGCACCGCCAGCACCAUGGUGUCCGCCCGCCCGGAGCACAGCCAGAUCCUCAUCCAGCACCCGGACGCCCCUUCCCCGGCCCAGCCGCAGGUCUCCCCGGCGCAGCCCACCCCCAGCACGGGCGGCCGGCGGCGGCGCACGGUGGACGAGGACCCGGACGAGAGGCGCCAGCGCUUCCUGGAGCGCAACCGGGCCGCCGCCUCCCGCUGCCGCCAGAAGCGCAAGCUGUGGGUGUCGUCCCUGGAGAAGAAGGCCGAGGAGCUCACCUCCCAGAACAUCCAGCUGAGCAACGAAGUCACGCUGCUGCGUAACGAGGUGGCCCAGCUGAAACAGCUGCUUCUGGCCCACAAGGACUGCCCCGUCACCGCACUACAGAAAAAAACCCAAAGCUACCUUGAGAGCCCCAAGGAGAGCUCGGAGCCCACCGGGUCCCCCGCCCCCGUGAUCCAGCACAGCUCCGUGACGGCCGCCAACGGGCUGGCCGUCCGCUCCGCCGCCGAAGCGGUGGCCACGUCGGUCCUCACGCAGAUGGCCAGCCAAAGGACAGAACUGGGCACGCCCGUGCCCUCCCACGUCAUCAUGACGCCACAGUCCCAGUCUGCGGGCAGAUGAUCCCCGCUCUCCCCUCCUUGGCCCGGCCCGGCGCCCGCGGCUCCCCGGACGAGAAGGACGGCCGAGGAACGUCUCCCUGGCGGCGCCGGGGGCCGCGCCGGGCCCCGCGCCCUCACCGUCAACACUAACCCUCUCGGUGCCGGGGGGGGUGCCGGCUUCCCCCUCCCGCCCUGGCCCGGGCUGCCGCGGCCCCCACGGACUGCCGUCCGCCCCCGGCAACCUCCUCUCGUGGCCUUAUCCCGGAUGGACUGGCUCACGGCCUUCCGGGAGUCGGGGGUCGCUGCCCCCGGCGCAGACGGCACCGAGGGGCCCCUGCCUCGCCCCAAGCGGGCAUUUGCCGGGGGCGGGCGAGGUGGGGCCCGUGAUGGGGCUCCCGGACGUUCCCCCCCGCUCCCUCGCACCGACUCCCGGCCGCGUCCUCUUGGGGCCUUGCUCCCUCGCUGCCCAAGUCGGGGGCAGCAGGGCGCAUCCUCUCCCUCCCCGCACCGGGGCUUCUCGUCUUCCCGGCCGCAGUUGCCUGCCCACAGAGGGGCCGCCCCGAGCCUCGCUGACCCCCCUCGGCCGCCCCCCUCUUCCAGACCCACCCGACACACACAGACACGUACACCCCCCCUCCCUCGCCUAGCCCACGGGGCCACGCGCCGAGGGCAGCCCGGGCUCGGAAGUCCCCGCGGCCCUUGUCAAGGAGGGCGGGGAAGGCCUUCUCCCCGACUUCUCAAAGCCAUAACUUGUCUCAGGACCCCUGGGGCUAAUCCUCCCGCCCUCGGCCCCCCCGCCCACCCCACCACCCCGUCUUGGGCCUGCAGGGUUACGACUCCUAAGGAGCCUCCGGGUCCCAUCCCUUCCCCCCAGCCCCUUUACAAGGAAGGGGGUUGACACCUCUGGGUCCCCAUCCGUCCCCUGCGCCCCUCGGGAUGCCCAACCAGGACUGCCUUUUCCCCCCGCCACGCUGAGACGGCAGCUGGGGCGAGCGGGGCGGGGGUGUCGGGGUCACUCCAAACCUACAGUCGCCCCCCAGCCCCAAAGGACACCUCCCCGCCGGGGGACCCUCCUGCUGCCUGGGCCAUUCGGGGGCCGCCCCCCCCCCCCCGAGGGGAGGCCUGCGAAGCCGGGCACACCCUUCCCCGCGACCCCCCCAAGUUCCCAGCACCACUGCACCCCAGCUCUGGGGCUCUAACCACUAGCCCACGCUCUCCGCCCCCGGGGGCCGCAGCCUCGGCCUUUGUGUCCCCCCCCAAAUCGUGGCCCUGCCGACGCCCCGUCCCCUCCCGCCAGCACUCACUGCCACCCCGGACCACUCCGCCCCCGGCCCAGACCCCCCAAAGGUGCUAGCCCGACUCCAAGGCGGGGGGCUGCGCCCUCGCCCUCCCCGCCGGGCCCGGUCCGACCUCGCCCCGCUCCGCCUCUGUCGACACGCUCUGUGCGCUUCCUCCGAGCCCCCUUUUCACGGGGGUCACCCGCCCCCCACCCCAUGUAUCAACGCAGGGCUGGCUUCUGUGAGUGGUUUAGUAUUUUUUUAAUCUUGACCCUUUCUGUUCCGCCGGGGGGGCCCCCCUCCCCCAGGUGGGGUAGGGGAGCAGGCCUGCGGACGGACGUUUGGGCGGAGGUCAGAGGUCACGGCGACCCUCCCGCCCCACGGUCAGCGCGCUCGGGCCCGGCGGCCGGCUGAGAAGGUGCUCUCGGACUCUUUCGAGCCGCCGGUGCCCCUGUGCCCCCUCAGCCCAGGGUUGGACCACCCCAACCAGGAGCAGAAAGUGGGGUCGCUAGGACCCCCCCCCCCACCCCACAUCUGCGUACGCUACCGACCAGCCAAUGUGGUGCCCCGGGACUUCUGCCCCCCAGGACGGGGGGCACGGGGGGCUAUUUUUUUAUUCAUUGGUAGGACGGGGCCGACGGGCCCCCCCAGUGAGCAGGAUCUCACGGGCUCUCCUGGGCCGCGGGAAGGGCAGGCGGUCCGAAGCCCCCAUGGCCCCCACCACUCAGCGACUCCUUCCCCUCCACCCCAACAUAUAUUGUGCCUUAUUUAUGCUGCAAAUAUAACAUUAAACUAUUAAC